AUGAUAUCUUUUACACUGUCGAGUUGGUUGAUUUGGUUGAUUUUAUUCUAUUUAUUGACGCCAAUAUUAGCAUAUUCCCUGAUACCUUACCUUUUCUACGGUACCAAAUCUACCAAGAAGAGAAUUAUCAUUUAUGUCCUAGGUGAUUUGGGACAUUCUCCAAGAAUUUGUUAUCACGCUUUAAGUUUUGCUGAAUUGGGCUGGGAUGUUGAAUUAUGUGGAUACGUGGAAAGUUCAUUGCCUUCCUCCAUCGUGGAUGCAUCGAACAUUACAAUUCAUCCAAUUACGAAACGUAAUGGGAUGAUUAUGAAAGUACUUGGGCAAGUAUGGACCAUUGCACAACAAUUUUGGGAAUUGAGAGGUAGCGAUUAUAUAUUAGUCCAAAAUCCUCCAAGUAUCCCUAUAUUACCCCUAGCAGUCAUAUAUAGUACGUGCACUCGUUGUAAAUUGAUUAUUGAUUGGCAUAAUUUGGCUUAUUCGAUUUUGCAAUUGAAAUUUAAUGGAAAUUUUUAUCACCCUCUGGUGCUAGUUUCCUUCAUGGUAGAAUGGUUCUUUAGUAAAUUUGCUGACUAUAAUUUGACUGUGACCGAGGCAAUGAGGGAAUAUUUAAUCAAAAACUUUAAUUUGAACCCUAAAAAGUGCGUUGUAUUAUAUGAUAGACCUGCUUCGCAAUUCAAUCCAUUACAAGACGAUGAAGUUUCUUCAAGAUCAGAAUUAUUAAAAUCAGAGCCCUUUAUUAAAGAUUUAAUUCCAGCUGAUUUUGAUUUAAGUAAAGGCGACAAAAUACUUGUUACAUCGACAUCAUUUACACCAGAUGAAGAUAUUGGUAUCUUGUUAGGAGCCUUGAAGAUUUACGAAAGUUCGUAUGAAAAAUUUGAUAGAAAUUUACCCAAGAUUUUAUGUUUUAUUACUGGUAAGGGACCUUUGAAGGAGAAAUAUAACGCACAAGUGAAAGAGCAAAAAUGGAACCGUUGUCACGUGGAAUUUGUAUGGUUAAGUUCUGAAGAUUAUCCAAAACUAUUACAAUUAUGCGAUUAUGGUGUCUCGUUACAUACAUCAAGUUCAGGAUUAGAUUUACCAAUGAAAAUAUUAGAUAUGUUUGGUUCAGGAUUACCAGUUAUUGCAAUGAAUUAUCCUGUAUUGGAUGAAUUAGUAACCCAUGAUGUUAAUGGGCUGAAGUUUUCGGACAGACGAGAAAUGCAUGAGUCAUUGAUCUUUGCCAUGAAAGAUGCUGAAUUAUAUAAACGUUUAAGGCAAGCAGCUUUAUUAGAAUCGAAAAAUAGAUGGAACGAUAGCUGGGAACCAUCCAUGAAAGAAUUGGGAAUAAUACGUUGA